AUGGACCUGACUUCAGUUCUCUCCCUGGUAACCUGGGUCCUCCUGGCAAUCAGUCUGAUGCUCCUAUACAGAUAUGGGACCCAUAAACAUGAUGUCUUUACGAAACAGGGAAUUCCUGGGCCCAAACCUCUGCCAUUUAUAGGAACUCUGCUGAAUUACUACAAGGGUAUGUGGAAAUUCGAUGUUGAGUGCUACAAAAAGUAUGGAAAAAUAUGGGGGUUGUUUGAUGGUCACAUACCUGUGUUAGCUAUCACAGACACAGAGAUGAUCAAGAAUGUACUAGUGAAAGAAUGCUAUUCUGUCUUCACAAACAGACGGGAUAUUAGCCCAGUGGGGAUUAUGAGUAAAGCCGUCUCCAUGUCUAAGGAUGAGGAUUGGAAGAGAAUUCGAGCCUUGCUGUCUCCCGCCUUCACCAGUGGAAAACUCAAAGAGAUGUUCCCCAUCAUUGAACAGUAUGGAGAUAUUUUGGUAAAAUACUUGAGAAGAGAGGCAGAGAAAGGCAAGCCCAUCACCAUGAAAGAAGUGUUUGGGGCCUACAGCAUGGAUGUGAUCACAAGCACGUCAUUUGGUGUGAAUGUUGAUUCCCUCAACAACCCAAAGGACCCUUUUGUGGAAAAGGCCAGGAAGCUCUUAAGAUUUGGUUUUUGUGACCCAUUAUCCAUGUCAGUAGUACUCUUUCCAUUCCUCAAAACAAUAUAUGAGAAGCUAAAUAUCUCCAUAUUCCCAAAAGGUUCAAUAGCAUUUUUCAAAAAAUUUGUGGACAGAAUGAAGGAAAAUCGCCUGUAUUCUAACCAUAAGCACCGAGUGGAUUUUCUUCAGCUGAUGAUGAACACUCGUAACAAUUCCAAAGACAAUGAGUCUCAUAAAGCUCUGUCUGACAUGGAGAUCACAGUCCAGUCAAUUGUCUUUAUUUUGGGUGGCUACGAAUCAACCAGCAACACGAUUGUCUUCGCCCUGUAUUUACUGGCCACUCACCCUAAUAUCCAGAAGAAAGUGCAGGAGGAGAUCGAUGAGACUCUGCCCAAUAAGGCAUCUCCAACCUAUGAUAAAGUGAUGGAGAUGGAGUACCUUGACAUGGUGUUGAGUGAAACCCUCAGAUUAUACACAAUUGUUAAUAGACUUUUUCGGGCCUGUAAACAAGAUGUUGAAAUUGAUGGUGUGUUUAUUCCCAAAGGGUCCUUAGUGAUGGUACCAAUUUAUGUUCUUCACCGUGACCCAGAGUACUGGCCAGAGCCUGAGGAAUUCCACCCUGAAAGUAGGUUCAGCAAGGAGAACAAGGGCAGCAUCAAUCCUUAUGUAUACCUUCCCUUUGGUAACGGACCCAGGACCUGCCUUGGCAGGAGGUUUGCUCUCAUGAACUUGAAACUUGCUCUCACUAAAGUGCUGCAGAACUUCUCCUUCCAGCCUUGUAAAGAAACACAGAUACCAAUGAAAUUAGGCAGACAAAUACUUCUUCAACCGGAGAAACCCAUUGUUCUAAAGGUUAUACCACGGGAUGUGAUCGUAACUGGAGUGUGA